GCGGCCACGGUGGCCGCCGAGGGCCAAUCGCAGCGCCCUUCCCGACUCGCCCCGCGGCCGGGCUGUACACAAUCAUCAUGGCCGCCACCUCCGCCUCCCCCGACUCGGAGGACGCCGGCAUGGACGCGGAAGUGCGGAACCCGCCCGUGGGCUGCCCAGGCGAAGAGGAGAACGGCUCGCUCGCUGCCGAGGAGGCCUCGGAGCCCCAGAGCCAGGCGCCCCCCGACCUGGAGGCCUCCGUCAGCAACGGGGGCGAAGCCGAGAUGGAAAAGGAGCUGGUGGAGCUGAAGAUUAUCUGGAACAAGAACAAGUACGACCUCAAGUUCCCCCUGGACAGCACAGGAGCAGACCUGAAGCUGAAGAUCCACUCGCUGACAGGCCUCCCACCCGCCAUGCAAAAGGUCAUGUUUAAAGGACUGCUCCCAGAGGAAAAAACCUUACGAGAAAUUAAAGUGAUCAGUGGGGCAAAAAUAAUGGUGGUGGGCUCGACUAUCAAUGACGUCUUGGCAGUCAACACGCCAAAAGAUGCCACCCAGCAGGAAGUCAAGUCCGAAGAGGCCAAGAAGGAGCCCCUCUGCAGACAAAAGCAACAUAGGAAAGUCUUGGAUAAAGGGAAGCCUGAAGAUGUCAUGACUUCUGUCAAGGGUGUCCAGGAGCGUCUGCCGACCGUCCCUUUAUCAGGCAUGUACAACAAGUCAGGUGGAAAAGUACGGCUAACCUUUAAACUUGAACAAGAUCAGCUCUGGAUUGGCACUAAAGAAAGAACAGAAAAGUUACCCAUGGGAUCCAUCAAGAACGUGGUGAGCGAACCAAUUGAAGGGCAUGAAGAUUAUCAUAUGAUGGCUUUCCAAUUGGGUCCCACAGAAGCCUCCUACUACUGGGUCUACUGGGUGCCCACUCAGUACGUGGACGCAAUCAAGGACACGGUGCUAGGGAAGUGGCAGUACUUUUGAAGGCACGCUCACCUCUGGCAUGGAGACGGACUCGGAUCUUAAGGACACUGCUGGAAGAGGCCCGGAUGGGUUAGGCUCCUAGAACUUCUUCAUCAACGCCAUCUCGGAGAGGCCUGGGAGAACGCCAGAGGUGGGGAUCUCUCGCCAUUAGUUCAUUUUUAACUUAAAGCAGUGCAGCAGCAGCAGCAACAGCAGCAGCUCUUGUUCUGCGGCAGCUUCAACCGUAUUUAAAAAAAAAAAAGCAAAUACAAUGGAAAUCAAUAAAUCUUAAUUUACAAACCACUGUGUGUAAAUACACUUCAACUCUGCAGCUCUUCAGAUUUCGACAAAACCAAACCAAAACAAUACAUCACUGUGGAUUUUCUACAUGGCUUGGACAAGAGGCGGAUAUUUUCAUAAUUCUUCAUAUAUAAAUACCAUUGUUUGGGCUUGUAAUUGGGCGUCGGAGAAAUAGGUUUUACUCCUCUCUUCUCUUGGAACAUUCAUGAAAACUUUUCAACUGUACGUAAACUUGGGGGGGGGGGGUUCAUAAGCCAUUCUCUUUCUUGUCCUUAGGCUUUUGUAACCUUUCUGGUAUUGGUAGGGUACAGUUUCCACUCUGAGCCCAAAGGGGGGUCAGCUCGUUUUAAAUUCUGUGGCGAAUCUUUUCAUAUCUGUUAUUUGGUGGAAGGGAGGGAGGGAGAGGUUAUUUGGGAAAUGUGCCAUCAAACCGACAUGUUGCUUAGUUGGGUUUGUUUUCCCAUGCUUCCUCUCCCCCACUGCUGUUGCCAUAACUGGGGGAGCCUAGUUGCCUUAAGAAGCUUUCUUUGGCCAUUUCUUAAUAACCCAAGAGCACUUGGCUCUAAAGGUGCUACUGUUGCUGCUUUGUGGACUUAGUAUUUGGCGUUUUCUUUCCCGCAGGGAGUUUUCUUAAAGCAGCGCGUCCAAGGGUAAGAAAUCCUGUCUUCCAAGCUAGCAGAUGCAACCAAAGGCUUUUCAGAGCCGACCUGGGCACCAGGUCACUGCCAUAUUCUUCUUCCUUGUAACCGCCAGAGUGGCUUUGGUUCCAGGCCUGCUAGUUCUGGAAUGCCAAUAGUGAACUUUCAUUUUAGUUUUCCUUUUUUGUUCCUUCCUUUCUUGAAAACCAUGCUGGGGAAUUACACUCACAGGCUUUUUGUGUUUCUUGCCAGACUGAAAGGGCCACCUUCUGCUGCUCUUCCCAUCUAGUGCCCUUCAAAUGGUAAAUUUAAAGAGGCUUGGGAAUCGUAACAGCUCCUAUGUAGGCCGUUUUCUACAGAUAUCCAGGUUAGAGAUUGGUUGUUAUUCUGAAAACUUACGAAGCCAUGGAAGAGGAAAAGAAUCCAGAAAAAAAUAGACAUGUUGGUCUAGUUAUUCUGUGUCAUUUAUUCUGCAUCAUAAGCAGAACUGAAUUAUUCUGAGUAUAUUUAUGACAAAAACAUAAAACUUUUUAUUUUUGUGUUUAUGUCUUAAUUUUACUCAAACAAUACCUACAAAUAUACCUAGUGUUAAAUAUAGCCCUCCAAGCUGCUGUAUCCUAAGAUAUCUAACGGAGGAUUUUUGUAACACCUACUGCAAAUAGUUAUAAUAAUUUCCAUUGAACUCAGUAGGAUUUCCUUGGAGUAAGCUUUGCAAGUAGGAGAAAGUAGAAUUUUCAAAAAUAGGACUUUACCAAAAUUGUAAUGACUAAAGGAAGACUUUACUACCUGGAAAAUUUUAUGUAGACCAUUAUGAAACUUAUCUUUUUAGAAAAAGCUCACAGAAAAUAAAUAUUCCUAUAAAUGAAAUUAAGGUGUGGUAAUAAACUUGAUCACAUUGAACUCUUA